ACAAGCGCGAGCCAAUCAAACCCGGUGGUGCUCGGCUUGACUUAUCCAGACUGGAAGAUUUGCGUCGUGUUAAAUCGUGACUUCUUAAAGCUUUCGUGACUGCAGGAAUUCAUAUUCUUUGGGUGGCUCAAGGCGUCGUCGUUGUUGUUGUUAUCCUCUUUUAAGUUUGUUCUUCUUUUAAAAUCAACUUCAAACAGAAAUGUCUGACGGCGAAGGUUCAAAGGCGGGCGCCUCGGACCCCGUGGAGGCGCGCGUGCUGGACGUGGCCAUGCGGGUGGCGGACGCGGCCGACGGAGACGUGGCCAGGGAGCUCCUACUGCUCCAAGAUGUUCUGGCCAGUGCACCAGCUGGUAGCAAGGAGUCUGGCCGCAUCAAGCAGCUACUAUGGUACUACGAAUUGGUGCAGUACCUACUAUUAGUCCUGGAGAAAGACUACUCACGUACACAAGAAGGGUGGUCUGUUGCUGCCCAGAUUGCUCAAAUACUCAGUACCUGCUGUGUUGGACUGAAGCCACUCACAGACGCCGAGGAGUUCCACUCGCAGGUGCUGCCAGCUGCGCUGGAAGGAAUGUUGCUGCUGGCACGCCGCCUGCAGGCUCGCAUGCUGCAUGCGCGAAAGGAGGAAGAAAAGAAUGGUUUUCUACAGAACUUUCAGAAUGUGGUGGAUUCAAUUUGCUGGCUCUUUGGAGGCCACAUUGAGCUUACUUCAAGGGCACUCAAGUCUGAACACCUUCAACAGCUGCUGAUCACAGACGACGCAGACACAGCCUGCUCCACCAUGUCGCUCAUUCAGAAUGUCCUGCGAACCAACAGGGGAGCUGUCGGUGAGGUGGACGAAAAGACCAUGAAUGCAAUUUUGGAUGAACUCGUGUACAAGCUCGCUGUGACCUCUGACCCUCGGUUAGGGGGCGGGGUGGCAAGGGCACUGCUGUGUAUAGCUGAGUCCCACCGUCCAAUAAUAGCAUCCUUCAGCACCAGGUUCAAAGGCUUGCAACUGCUGCUUAACAUGUGGAUUGGCAAGGGUUUUGAGAAAGACUUUCGCCGUUUGCUGGACCUGCUCAGUGCUGGUUCUAAUAAGCAGGCCGAAUUACAGCAUUUACACAAAGCAGCAAGUGUCGUGCAGAGUGCGUGGAGAGCAUACCGUGCAAGGUGCAGGCUUAAAAAACUUCCACACGCUGUGACAUAUCUGCAGCGAAGCUUCAGACAGAAGCGGGAGAAGGAGCGAUUACAAAGUGAGCAGCAGCGACAACAAGAAGAGCUGCGUCAGGAGCUGAUAAUACGUCGCCAACGAGCUAUGCGCACUUCCCGGCAACGUCGACUGCUCCUCCUGGAAAUUGUGCCAGCCAACGAGAUGGAUCGGUACCUGGCAUUGGAGAUGACCCGCGCUGCUGUACUGAUUCAGGCACGAUGGCGUGGAUUUCAAAAACGGAAGGCAUUCAGGAGAGACCGGCAACUGCUUUUGCAAGCAAAGGCGGCCGUUACCAUUCAGAGAGCCGUGCGCAGAUUCCUGGAGAGACGGCAUUCCCAGCAGACAGCAGCAUCAUCGCGCUCACUGGGCUGGAGGGGCAUGAGCGAUGCUCGGCGGAUGGAACUACGCGCCCACAUUGAAGAGCACAUCCAGAAGCACCCGGCUACCCCAAUGCAUGGAGAGGAGGCACGUGAGCUGCACAACCAUGCACAGGCGCUGCUGGGACAGUUCCUGCUGCAGAGGCAACUGGGCCGACAGUCUGAGCAGCGCAGGGCGGCCACGCUCGCCCAGAUUAAUACUCAAGCCGAGCUGCUCGCCAACAUACCAAUCCCAGCCCAGGCCUCUCCACGGGAUGUGGAGGCUCUGAGGAGUCGCUCGGGCCCGGUGGCUGCCCGUGCACGGCAGGCUCAUUCCCUAGCCCUGCGAAGCCUGCGUCGAGCUUGGUGGCAGCGUCUGGGAGAAGAGUCGAGCACUGACCCAGACCAAAGCAGCACAACAUGGGACCCGGAGCGGGAACUGGAGCUUGCUGGCGUGUAACACGUUCAUGUUUUUGUACAUCUUGGCAGCACCCACAGCCAUAACUAACAGAUAUCUUGCUGCUUUUGGAAUUCGGCCAUGCAGAGAAGACUUCCUUGGCUGGCUGCCUAUCAACCUAUGUCCAUAAGAGGAUUCAGCCAAAGACUUACAUGUUUUGCUCUCGUAUUUCUUUAGUUAUGUGAACCCUAUUUUUUGGAUUUAAAUUUUAUCUAAUUUUGAAGUAUAAAUUGUGGUGGGCUGCGCCUGUGUGGCAAUCUGCUUCAGGAGGUAGAUAUAUUGUUUACAGUAGCAGUUUUAGAACGGCUACCACAUACCAUCCAGCGCAAUAUACUGGAUGCUGCUUGAAAUAUGAAUGGCAUGAGAGGAGGGACUGGCAGAAACCAGGUGGCUGCCUCCUCUUUCGUGGUGGUAUGGAGAGUAGUGAUGUCCUCCGUGAUAUUGCAGGGUCACUGCUCCCACUGUCUUACUCAAAAUUAACUUUGGCAGUUAUACAUAUCAGAUAUGAUUGCAGGCGAUAUAAAAUGUUGUUUUAAAUAUUUAAUUAGUAUGUAAAGAUGAAUUUAUGAUGGUAUUGGCAACACCCACAAUCAUUACUCCGAGUAAACACCAGGCUGUGCAGAGAAUCUUCACUGGAAGGCCACCCCUCCUGUACUCCAACGUAUAAGAGACAUGGGGCUCAACCUUUCCCACUUCAGGAAGAUAACAGGUGUGAAUCUUAAAAGGUAUGUAUCAUACAGUGCAAACACAACUCGAUCCCUACUACUUGGCAGUAUGUUUAGGCACCAAGGGGUCUGACCUAUCCUGUCUAUCUGACCAUGUGGUCCUCGUGAACGUUCCCAAUUCCCGAGUGCCUACGGGAGGUUGUAAAGGAAACAUGCUUAACUACUGCAGCGCUGCUGAGAUGGGGAGUUGGGAGGGAUCCCUGUGGGAGCUGCCAAGACCUAUAAAAACCAAUAUUUAUGUAAGAACUAAAUCUUACAUAUUUGUAUGGCCUAGCAGCAAAGUCAUUCCUGAUAUACCUGUCAAAGCCAGAUUGGUUGUGGUAGGAACAGGGCCCUUACUGGGCCACAGAGUAGAGCACUCCCACAAAAAGGACAUAACUUAGUGCUCAUGAAUACAUGUGGUAUGCUGAACAUUUUAUUGAGAGGGACCUGAUGCACACCUGCCCAUGAGGUUACCAUCACUCUCAUAAGCUUCUGAUUGCCAUACUUGACGGGAGUCCUGCCACUUGCGACUUCAGAAGGAGGCCAUGCUGCCAUGGGGGCUGUCGACUGACGUUGCUUCGGCUAAAGCACUCCUAGCGAUUGCUGCAGGCGACCAUCUCGCAGGAGGUGAUAAGACUUAGCAUCCAUGGGAUGGCUUACUCCACUAGUGGCUGCGGAAGCCACGACUGUAGGCCACACACCACUUCCGGUGCGGUGUCUGGAGUUGUGGAAUCCACCAUUGGCGAAGUCGUGGCUACCACCUUAACCCCCACCCCCCGAACAGGAGAAAACGCUGGCCUCGCCCAAUGCCGUCUUCAGGGGGCUCGUGGUAGCUUGCUAUCUUUGCCUCGAAGGCUGCGACCACACGCAAGGUGACUCGUCGAUCAACCUGCAGAAGCGCCUUCUGACCGUGCCUCUGUUGCCAGGCGGGGCCACUAAAGCGGUCGGGACUAAGUCUGCUGCUGCCGUCCAGGCUGCCUGCCGCCUGUGAGAUGAAUUACCGGUGCAGAUCUAUAACACUGCAGCCAUUUGUGUUAAGAGACCGUUUCAGGUGACCUGGUCCACAAUACAGGACAGCACUUUACCACAUGCUCAGCGUAUGAGAAUAAUGCAUGAUAAUCAAACUCGUAUUUUAAUUCUCUUUGCUAGUCUCUAACCAAGAAGACGUCUCUGCACUGGCUGGUUCCCACCAGGGGAAGAUGCCAUUCGGUGGUAAGGCCCGUGAUAAAUCUGUUUUCACGUAUAUAUCUUGAUUUGAAGCCUUCGUGACUGCAGGAAUCCAUACUCUUUGGUUCUUUCUGUAAAGUCACGUGGGUAGAAAAAAUAAUAAUAGAUCACGACGUUUCGAUCGCAACACGAGCAAUCGUCUUUCACCUGAAGAUGGUUGCUUGUGUUGCGAUUGAAACGUGAACUAUUUUUUUCUAACUACGCGACUUAACGUAUAUAGUUACAAAUCCUAUUAUUUACAAAGUGACACUUUAAUGCCUGUUUGUUCUGAGCUAAGUAUGGGCCAGAGCAAAAAUUGGUUUCUCCUGAUUUGGUGAAACUUGUGGAAUCAGUGUCUUUUAUGUUUACAAUGGCGACAUUACCUUUACAAUGGAGACCUAUAGUGAUCUGUAGUAUAUGCACACAGUAUAGUACAGAAUAUAUACAUUUUAAUAACCUGCUUCCCAUUUUGCAAUCAUGACUUCGAAAAUCCUUCUGUUUAUUUUCUUUCAGUCAUGUUUUAUUCAAUACAAUAUAUUUUGUCUCCCACAAACACAACUCGGGGAUCUGGGAGAUUUCUGGAAAUGGAAGUGCGUGUGGUUGAGGAGAGGACUGGUGCUGAUAGAAGCAUAUUGCAAGUUUAUUUUGAAAGGGGGUGACUACCAACGUUUAGUUUUCCAGAAGUUGUGCCAAAAAUCCAAUGCAAACAAGAGCCUAAGUUUCUUGAGGAUGAUAUCCAGCAAGCGCUGCAUGUCGGUGUGAUCGUAACAAAUACAAUGUGCAACGUGUUGUUAUUGCAGAGGGCUCCAACUUAGUUGUUGCAGCGUUUGCACCAAGGGAUUAAACUAAGGGAGCUCACAACUCCCGUGAUUGCUAGCGAUGUUCUGAAUAAAGUAUGAUUCCAGCUACUUAAUCUCGUGAUUAAUACAUCACGUGCAUUUGCACAUACACUCCAGUUAUAUAUUCAAAAGACUUUUAGUAAGCGACUAUUAAAUGUACAGCAAAUAAAGGAAGGGCUCAUACACAUCUGCCAGUCUUAUUUCACUGCACUCGUUGGCAGACGACUUUUACCAGGCUUUAGGUUGAGUAGACCUAAGGGAAGCCCCUUUUGGUGCACAUUUUGACCGAGAUAUAUGGCCAAUCUUUACCAGAAGCACUGGGAUUUUAACCGUAACACGUUUCUCCCCACAUACUGUAUAUGCUUUUUCACAUAUGAACUGUGUACAGAUUUGGCUACUAAUCUGGCUUGCGUACAGAAAAAAAUUUCCAUUGUCUUUUUACACAACACAUUCACUCUCUGGGUCUGUUAAGUAGUAAGUGGUGUGUUUAGAGCAGGGCUUCUCAAAUCCCAGUCCUCACACAAAAACCUUGUUCGGGUCACCAGGUGUAUGGCACGUGUAACACAUUAAUUUAUUUGGAGAUAAUUGUGAAAUGUUGAAACAUAGUGGUGGGGUGUAAGAGCUGGAGCUUCAGAAGCCAUGUAUUAAAGAUUCAGUUGCGUUGUGAAUGUUUAGCACUUUUCACUUGAAAAUAUGUCUGAAUCGGUGGUCAACCAUUUAACAUAAUUUUUACAAAUAUCUCUUCAUACUUGGUGCCCACUUUAUGUAGAACGAGGAUUUAAUUUCUAUUUCCAUAUUGCUGCCAUGCUGGCUUGGAGUAGGGUUAAUGGGCAUAAGGUACUUGUACUGGAGUACAAGGUACACCGAUGCAUUCUAUAUUUUUCAACCUUAAUUGCUAGAAUCCUCAAAACAGGUUCAUACAUAUAUGAUACCACAAAAAGUUAAAUGGAUGUGGCAUGCCAAACAAAACAAAAAAUUCCUGGAACAGUUUUCCAGAUUGUUCUGGCUACAAUUAUUUACUGUGUAUAAGUGAGGCUUGUAAAAAAUGUUUCUGCAAUUAAACUGGGUUCUCGAUUUUAAUCAGGGCAGAAUGGAUCUGAAGAAUGUGCAUCGCUAUAUAUUUAAAACAACGGCAGAUGUUAAAAUGUAAUGAAAAAUGUAUUUAUUUGUAUUUUGCAGUAUCGCACCCAUAAACUGAAUUUUUAAUCCCGUCCACUCAGCAAAAAGUAUAUACAGUACAGGCAAAUAGCAGGAAAAAAUAACUUUGGUAUAUUUAUAUUAUAUAUAAAGUGUGCUGUAAUAUAUACCUUACAAGAUAAAGAAUUUGUUCACACAUUGGUGGAGUCAUUUUUAGAAAUCACAAUACAGUUUUUGAAGUGCUACAGGUUACCUCUGUAGAGUAGGCACUGUGAUAAUGUAUUCAUUUUAAAGUUAAUUCUUGAUAACUAACUCUCUGUUUCACCUUCCCAUCAUUCUAACCAUGCUUAAUACAUUUUAUAUAUUAUUUUAUCAUGUGGCACAGUGGUUUUUGUUCUGAUUCUUUUUGUUUCAUUGCUCUGCUUUUUUUUGCUUUUGUCAUAUUGGUGACCCAAAUCUGACUCCUGGUCUCCUGAGUUUUCACCAAAAUAAACUUGCAUAUUAUAACCACAACCCCAUCUGUUUUAUCUCGAAAUACCAUUCAAGACAAGUGUGUUUUCAAUAAACCCUCAAAUUGUCACAUCGAAGUUUUUUUUUACAUUGACAAUUACUCUGUUAAUGAAUAAAGACUACGUAACAUUUGCUUGAGUGAAUUCGUGCGUUAACAUUACCAAUCACUGCCAGAUAUCUACUUUGCACCGGUAUUAUGCCAAAAUGUCAUACACUUGCAAAUGUUCAAAAAUAAUUGAAAAUAAUAACACUGCACAGACUACAUCGUGGUUAGUAACACUUGAAUACUUGUUUCUUCUUAAAGCUGUUAACAGAAAUAAAAAAAAACAAUGGCAAGAAAACAAUACAGUUUUCACGUAGUAAGCACACACCCUUGUAUUAAAAUGUUCAAUUGUUGAGCAUAUCUUCCCAGUUAAUACAUGGCUUCACUUUCCACAUUCUCUUUCGUUUAAGAACAAUUGAAAUGUACAUGUUUGGGGCUGAACCGGCAGAGUAUUUGUGACCAGCAACAACAAGCUAAUGCGUAUUCCAUUUUCCAUAAAAUGCUUUGAAAACAUAGAGAAGUAUUCCCAAGGUGCUUGUUUUCAACUUUUGUUUUGCUAUAAGCAAUGCACACCUCUUGUUGUUGUCUUUGCAGCCUGCAAUAAUAUUUCUGUUCCGAUGUGUUUUCUCGUCAUGGUUGACUUUAGGCAAGUGCUAAUGGGAUUGCCACGGUGUAAAAGGACAAGUCCUCUUCCUAUACGGGGCUCCCAGGGGCAUAUGACAGCAGCAAAUAGUGCCGACUGUACCGUAGUGAUGAGUCCUAAUGAAGAAGAAACGAGUCAACAGUUUUGUCUUUGUUUCGCUACUGCCUGUUGUGGGGAUGGCCACAUUUUGAGUAGGUUCUGAACAACAAAAUGGCCACAUUAUUUUGAGCUGGUGGUCUGAAUAAGGCUGAGAGCUUUUGUAUGUGCAAUGCCCACCUUUGUUGUGAAAUCUAUUAAUUUCCUCGGAUAUUACCAUAUGCUCUGGAUUAUUAAAUGUAAAGGAAAAUAAUAAGUAACAACUUGGCUCUAAAAUACAGUGAAAAGGUGUCAUAAUCUGGGGAAUAUGGUCACAUCAAAAUGCUCUAUAAACCAUAGUUUCAGAUGUCUUGUCACAAAUUCUUGCCAAAUUAUUAACUAAUAACAUAUGUUUUAAAAUAUUCAAAUAAAAUAUAUUCUGUUUAACUACA